UUUAUGCCUCAUGGUAAAUUUAUGUUUUAUAUGUGAAUUGUGUGUUAAAAAUUUGACUUGCAGUUUGAUUAUAUUAACCAUAGAAAAAGUAAAAAAAGAUUAUGAAUCCGCCCAGUUGCCAGGAUCAGAUUCUAAAUGUAAUGAUCUCCUCCUCGAAUCGUGCUACCCACUUCAACCAAGUUUUAUGAACAUGUUGUCCGUAGUUUUUCCAUGAUUCGGCUCACACAACAAUCAAACCAAUGAAGGGUAUAAAAAGUAAAUUAGGUUUACAAUUGUCUAUAUAUGCAUUUAGUUUUCUUUAUGAUUCAGGCCAACUUUUUCCAGGUAGAAAAGUGGUCUGCUGUAUUACCUGCCGUAAUGCAUGCUUGUAUCAAAGAGACUUUUAUUCUUCACAUAAUUCACUCCACGUAAUUAUAGAAUGACCUUUUGAAUUUGUUCUAUUAACGUUCUUACAUAGAAAAUAUAUUCCAGCACAUUGCGUCUGUGUGUACUGUGAUGCUGACCUUUGCAUGAUUGGAUUGAAAGUCAUAGUUGCUGUUGUAGCUGGAGUCUCUUUGUUAAUGAUGUCACUUCCUGUGCCUGUGUCAGAGUUUGAUGGAGAGCUGGUCGGAUGACAGCUGGAACUGUUGUCAUAACCGGAGGAAUACUGGCCACAGUGAUACUUCUGUGUAUCAUAGCUGUGCUCUGUUACUGUAGACUGCAGUACUACUGCUGUAAGAAAAAUGGGUCUGACAGCGGAUCCAUUUCUCAGCAACACUUUGCCUGCAACGCCUGCAGUGUUUCCGGCCUGGACGGGUCCAUCAUCACCCCGCUGUCCAUGUCCCCACCAGACCCUCCCCGAUCCUCCGACCCCACCAAACCCACAGGUGGGCCACGCAGCUACUGCCCCACCUGCUCUCCCUAUGACUCGCCCUUCUACAUUCGUACCACUGACGAGAUGCGCAACGGGGGCGAGCGCAUCACCUACAUGCCCACACACUAUGAGAACCAGGCUCUGGCGAUGCCGCUGCCCACCAUCCGAGGCUCCCUGCUGAGGGAGACCCAGCGAGGCAGACCCCCCGAUUUCUACACCAACACCCGAGCCAUCAGCACUGAGGUGUGACCACUCUAAAAAAGGAAAUCACACCCAUAUCCACAAACAAACCCUUAUUUUCACUUACACAAACUCCAACACCUCUUCCAAUAAGACCACAAUCAAAUGGAUUUAUUUGAUAAAGGCCCACUGUUUGUGGAAGUUUUCACAUUUAUUUAGGGAUUUGGGGGAUUUAAGAGGAUUGUUAAAGUCAACUGCUGAAGACUAAAAUGUGUGACAAAGAAGGAUCACUUUCAAACCUAGUUCCUAACUUUGUUUCCUUUCAUUUUAAGUUUUCACUAUGAUAGUAAUUAUGUAAUUGAUUGUAGAUCAAACUGUAGGUUUCUUAUGAGAACAUGUCUCUUUAUGCUCCCACAUAAAGGGUCUAGUUGUACAUUUGUAAUCUGUCGGUUGACUGUUACUGUCUUUAAUGACUGAGGGCUAUCUUAGAUAAUUUAAGCUACACAUCUUCCUUAUGACUGCCAAAUGACAAAUAUGUAGUAUGAUGAAAUAUGUAGUAAAUAUAAAGCAAUUUUGUCAUGAUAAGCAAAAUGGAGACUGAAAUACAUUUGGAGACUGAAAUACAUUUGGAAAAGUUACAAGAAGGAAAAGUCAUCCCCUCUGCAGUUUAAUGGAUACCUGGACGCAUGCUUGAGUUAAAGGAGAAGGUUAUAGAGGACGGGCGACUGGAGCAUUCCCUAUGCAAGCUGUUUGGCAAACUACUGCAGCUCUUCAUCUCCAGUCAUCACCUUUUAGCUUCUUUUUUUCUCAUCAAGCAACUCAAUUAGAAGAAUGUUGGAAGCAUGGUGGACACUGACAAAGAUGACAAUGCUGCACAUGUACAUAUACAUUCAAGCAAAAAACUGGAACAUGGAUACAGUGGUUGUGUUGGGUUGCCAGAUCUCCGCUGAAUCCCCACUUUCUCCCAAAAGGUGUGAACCUUUGAACGAACAAGAAUGCCUGAGCCCUUGAACGCAACGGUGGCAAGCUUGAAAUGAACUGAGUAAAUUUCUCUUGUGACAGUGAUGCAAAAAGUUUAAUUUGUAAAUAUUAACCAGAAAGCAAUGAACGCAUCUUUUGAUCCCAUUGUGUUCUUGAAGAAAAAUCAUGAACCCCUGGAAUUCGAACAUGAUGUAUUUUGAAUGAGGGUGUGUGAUUAACUAGUUUGUGCUAUUUUGUCUACUCACUCCUUAUGUACUCCAGUACUACUCUCAUGUUGAGUCUUUGAAAUGCAAAUAAUCAUGUAAUUUAUUUUUAUGGUUUUUUUUCAUAUUGUAAGAAGUCAGAAUACACAUUUAUGUGAUUUAAACUGUUGCACAGUGCUCAUUUUCUACAUUACACUCACCCAGCAUUACUUGUCAGACAAAACAUUAUAUAUAAAUAUUUCCUGUGAUUUUUGUAUUUAUAUCUCAAUGUGUAACAAGAUAAGUGAGGCUAAAUAGGCAAAGCAAGAACCAUUGAGGACUUGUGUAGUGUUAUGUUGGGUCAUGUUAUGCUGGGUCAUUUUACAAGAUUUCCAGAGAGGCCUAGUGUUGCCAUUCUAGCAAUACACGAAAGUGCAUAUGACAUUAUUGGAAUACAUUGAUCUGAAGCUUUUUUAUUUGAUUUUCUUACCUUUUCAUUCAAUAAGAUUAAAUAAAAGCCAACUGCAGUGCCAUUACAAUACACUAUCUCAAAAUUAUUUUUAGAUAUUUUCUCUGGAUUGACUUAAACAGUAAAAAAAUGUAAACCUAAAGCCUGGCAAAAUGAAAAUUCAUCACCAAAGGUUGACAAGUUUGAUACCUCUGAAAUCUCUGAAGAGAAAAGAAACAUAAAACUACCAUUUUGUUUCCACUAACACGAAGCAUUCAUUGUCAUGUGUUUAUUUAGGCAUUGUAUCAACUAGAUAUUUUAUUACUUACAUACUUAACCAGUUAUCUUUAAAAACAGAUAAAAAGGUUUUUAGAAAUGUGGUUA